AUGCUCGGAGGUGUGAAAAGUCGAAUGCGUGUUCUACCGAAACCGGGCCAUUAUAGAAAAAAAAAAAAAAAAACGACGAUCCAGAUUUCUUUUUCGUUUUCGAGGGCGGAGAUGCGAGGGCGCGUGAACAACGGGAAUAUAAGAGAUUUCGAAUCCGCUGCGAACGCGUGUGAAAGACGUGGACGAAAAAUUAGUGCAUUACCCGAAGCGGUCGAGCCCAGAAUGGAAGCCAAACGGGGUUUCUCCUCGUCCAAAACCGUCUCAGCCGUCGUUUUGAACACGCCGUACAGCUCGGCCACGCACCGGAUGCGCAUUUUGCCCACUUUGAAGCUGUUCACCUCCAGCUCCAGUUCCACGGUGGUCGUGGACAGGACGGGCGGUUCUUCGCCGGCCGGCGCGGUGGCCAAAGCCCCUGACGCGAGCGGAGACGACGACGGAGCCGCCGGGGCCGGCAGUUCGGUUAGCCAGCUGACCGGAGACAGCCGACCGUAA